CUGUGGGGGGAGGUCGGCGCUUGUUGUCGGCCUGAGGCUCCGGGAGUGAAGUGAGCGGUGUCGGGGAGAGAGAGAGAGAGAGACGGAGACCCUCCGGUCGGUCACUCCCCCAACCCCAGCGGCCCUCUCAGCGCCGUCACCGGGGCCUCACCGUAGCUCCGGGUCCACUGGAAACCGUUAGACCGGUUAGAAUCUCAGUGAUGAAGUAACUGGCUGUAACCACACACCAUGGACGAGUGUGAGGAUCAAGAUAUCUCUGAGACCCUCAGACUGAACGUGGGAGGGUGUUUCUAUACAGCCAGACGGAAUUCUCUCUGCCGUUUUAAAAACUCAAUGCUCAGUGCUAUGUUUAGUGGACGCUUUCCUUUGAAAUUAGAUGAAUCAGGAGCGUGCCUUAUUGAACGGGAUGGCAGGCUCUUCAAGUAUCUCUUGGAUUAUCUUCACGGGGAACUGUGCAUACCUAAGGAAGAGACGACCCGUGUGGCCCUGCAGGAAGAAGCAGAUUACUUUGGUAUUCCUUAUCCCUACAGCUUAACCGAUCACUUGUCCAGUGAGAUGGAAACACAUUGUUCAAGAUCCAACAUUGAAAUUAAAAAGGCACUUACGGAUCUAUGCGAUUCCUACGGAUUGAUUUGCACAAAACCCACGGUGUGGAUCUUGCACUACCUCAACACCUGUGGUGCGAGCUGUGAGAGCAAAAUCCUAGGAGUAUUCGCAUCAAAGAGCGAAGGGGUCGAAGCUAUUGAAAAGCAACUGGGAGGCAGAAUGAAAAGCCGAAGCAUCUUCAAGAGGGAAGCUGGAAACAAUGUGCAGUACAUCUGGAGUUAUUACUCAGCUGGUGAACUGAAAAAAAUGAUGGAUGCCUUUGACUCCUGGGAGGGACGAGGUGUUAGUUACUGGAGAGUACCUCAGGAACUUAUAGAGUGCUGGACGCUGGAAGGCCGAGCUCUGCAAGGCAGCCAGGACAGGGUGUCGCCAAUUCAGAAGAGACGCACUGUUGAUUCCAAAGAAGCGGAAACAGAAACUCCCAAAAAGAACCUGAAGCCUGUACAGUUCUCUGGCCCAUCAACUAGCACCCGUAUUCGAGUGAAGAACUCUGGACUGGUCAAACUAGUAGUUCCACCUGACAUGACAAAGGUGGCCUCAAACUCCUCGGUACAUCUCAAACCCAUAACUAUUAAGAGAAAAAGCGCAGGAGAUUUUGUUAACAACAGUGCCUUGAAAGCUGUGCCAGCUUCCAACGUGGCAGCGACUGGGCCACUGGGAUCUACAGAUAGCCAAGCGUCCCAACCUGCCCAAUUCCAAAGUACUGAGAGCGCGGAGGAGUCCUGCAAAGCAGCAGCAGUCAGUCUGCCAGAGAGGAAGGCGACAGUGAAUCGGGUCAUCAAACUGCGACGGAGGCUACCUUCCACAUCCUCGGCAACACCCACAGCGCAUGAAGGAGAUGAACAUAUGAUCAGCCCGAAUGCCCGAGCGAGCACUUCACAAAACGCCGAUGCUUCUAACAGGGCACAUUUACUAGUAGACUGUCUAGGAGAUGAUGUGUGUGAAAGCAGCAGUAAAAUGGAUGGGAAUGGCUAAAAGGCCAUGGGUUUGAUGUAGGGAGGGGGACUGUUGAAAUGUAGGCUAGCAGGGCUCUGAGGUUGUGUUCUAGUAAAUGCAUUACCUAGUUUGCCAAGAAAAUCUACUUGGACCAGGUUUGCUUGUACAAAAAUGACAGAUCUGUAAUGUUUGUACUUCAGCUGAUUUAAGCAGUUGUGUUGUAACAGUUGAAAUGACAGUGAUGUGCUUUAUUAUAUAGCAGAUCAUGCCUGUCAAAAUUGUCCUUUCAAUUGGCUGUCUUGUACUCUGUUAGAUUCGUUUGCAGGUAUCUCAAAGCAUGCCGCAAAAUGACACCACAUUAAACAGUUCCUCUACUUGCACCCGUGGUUUAGUCAGGGCACUUUUGUUUGUUUAAACUAUCUCUAAGAAUGUAUGGCAAGCCAAAAAUGAGCUUUGUCCAACAUACACAAGCCUUACUGCAGUGUGCAGUUGAAUUUGGCCCUUUCAGCGGCAGACUGCAUACUAUGCACUGAUUCACCUUUCAAGGUUUGUCUGUGUAACAGGGAACACAGCAAGUGUGAGUGGGGAACUACUUUAUUCCAGCAGUAGGUAUAAAUCAUAGAAGUCUGACUGCUAUACCAGGGGAUCGAAGAGAGUGAAUCGAUUAAAAAACUAUGCCUUCAAUAACCUGCCUCAUCUUAUUUGCUGUUAUAUAGUACAAGUGGUUUUCCCCGCCUACUAAUAUGGUUUACAUUUAGUUUUAUGUGUGGAAAAGAUGGCCAAUGAGUAUUGAACAAACAGUAUUCUGAGCAUUUUUGGGGGAUUUAUUUCUGAAGCAUUUGUUGAGAUGAGGAAGCUGAAUUUAAUUUCCUGAGAUUUCUCCUGCCCUGCUCCUACUUGUCUUCCUAACCCUACCCUCACCAAUUGGUGGGUUGGUGGUGGCGCAGAGCAGCUGUGGGACUCUGCAGAAAAUGGGUUAACCUGGAGAUCACUGCACACAUUCUAGUAGUCAGUUGUUACUUGUUGUUUGUAAUGAUCUGUGAGCAAGUUGGCCACUUGCCUUACCACGUUUAAAAGAAAAAUUGGAUAUUUUGGUUGUAACUUUUUUUAGCGUCAAACUGAAUAUCAAGAGCGGCAGUUUUAUCCUGCAUCUUUUGUUGUACUCAUUCCAUUCAGAUAUCACCAAAGGUAGAUGUUGUUUGGAAAAUUCGGGCGUGUUGAUGUGCUGAGAUGGAGUCAGUUCCUUCUUGUAUUUGCUGUUGCCAUCAAGAUUUAUAAACUUGAAUCCAUUUUUGUUUCUAAAAAGGUUUGCAAUUUGUGUGCUCACGAUCUACAAAUGGGCCAUAUGCUGAGCAAAGAUGAUGAAUUUGGGAACAUUUUAUUUUUGGAGCAUUCAAGGUUUAAGCCUGGAUUAGGAAUUCCUUUUAAUGUGAUGAAUGGGAAGUUAUUUGAUAUAUUGAUAUUUCUUUGUGUGAAUCAGGUAUGCUGGAAUGGGUUUAAACCUCUUGUGGGGAUCUGUAGGUUUUUAACGUCAAACUUUUAUUGCCAAAAUUUUAUAUUUCAGAUUUGUAUACACUGUAACUAGAAGGUUUAUUGUUUGUUUUACUUGAAAGUAAAGGAUGUUUUGCUUGUU